AUGAAGUCGCACGACCAGAUGAAGAGCGCCGAGGCCAAUGACGCCGCGUGGGAAGCUACCCGGGGUGCCGUCGUCGGCGCCGCAAGAUGGGGCAUCGGCGCUGCGGUGUUGGGUGCAGCUGCAUGGAAGUUCUCGCCAUUGUAUAAAGGUCUCACUAUCCAGUUUAAAUGGUUACGAGAGUAUGAGGCCAGGAUCAGAAUGCAGAGGCGUCUGAUGAGGGACAGAGCCAAGUGGGAGAGGUUUGAGCAGGAGUUUCUCGAGAACCCUGAGGAAAAGAAGUAA